UCUCAAUCAAUCUCACCGGUUAGACGCACCGCGAGCCCAGAGGGAGAAAUGUUUCGUGCAUCGCAGAUCGCUAGUGAGGAGACACUGCCUGCACUUUUUGAUGCAACGCGCUCGCCUCAGCCCUUAAGAUCAACAGAUGACAUCACACAGGCUGAUGCCGGAACAUAUCUUAGAAAAUAUGAACGAAGGCUAUCAUUGAAAUAUGGACUUACAACAUCUUUACCGCCGAUUAAAUAUAAAUACCCAUUGGCUGUGGUUUUUGUACUUUUAACGAAAUUUUUCGAGGCAUUCGCUGCUAAUGGCAUUAGAACUGUUUUGGUUUUGUAUUUGCGUGAUGAUCUCUAUUUCAGCGAAAACUUCGCAACGAUUAUGCUGCAUAUAUUUAAUUUCUUUGGGCAAUUUUGUCCAAUUUUCGGUGCUAUAUUGGCAGACAGUUAUUUCGGCAAUGUCCGCACGAUUUCCUACUUUUGCAUGCUGUAUGCGAUAGGUUGGGUGAUGUUGAUUCUAACGGUACUACCCAACAUAGGGUCAUCACUGAUUGUUUUAGUAUCCGUUUCUUUGUUAUUCAUCGCCAUUGGUAAUGGCUCCAUACGCGCAUGCAUCACCUCCCUGGGUGCGCAGCAAUUCAAAGUGCCAGAACAAGCUAGUCGCUUAGCUGAAUAUUUUUCCUUGUAUUAUUUUGUGUAUUAUUUUGGUAUACUGCUAAGUAAAAUUUUACCUCCUUUUGUGCGUGCUAAAACACAAUGUUUCGGUAAAACCGACUGUUAUUCGGCGGUAUUUGGAACGCUAGGCCUAUCUUUUGCGGCUUCAUGGGUAAUUUUUGCCAUCGGACGAUUUUUCUACAAAUCCGAAAAACUCUCCGAAGAAAAUAUACUGAUAAAAUUUUAUGGUUGUAUUAAACACGCUUUGGUGGUUAAAUGGAGUAGAACGCGCAAGGAUGAACAACCUGCCUAUUGGCUACACAAUGCAGUGGGUAAAUAUGACGAGGCAUUUGUCAACGAUGUGUGCAAAGUAUUAAAGAUCACUAAGCUCUUCUUGCCACUGCCUAUAUACUUCGCUCUGCUGGCACAGCAGGAUUCUAGUUGGACAUUUCAAGCUUCAAUGAUGAAUACGACAGUGGUGAAUACGAUAACAAUACAACCUGAUCAGGCCAAAGCGAUGGGGCCCAUUUUGCUUUUCAUCCUUAUACCUUUGUGGCAAUAUAUUUUUACGCCUAUUAUUCGCCGAUUAUUUGGCAGAGAAUUGAAGCCACUUCAUAGCGUUACCAUAGGUGGCGUGUCCUCAGCGUUGGCGUUUAUUUGUGCGGGUGUGCUGCAAGAAUAUAUUUAUAAUCAUCCUUAUCGUUAUGUUAGCAUAGUUUGGCAAGUUCCUCAGUUCUUGUUACUAAUGCUGGGCGAGUUAUUGCUGUCCAUUCCAGGCUUGAAGUUUGCAUUUACACAGGCGCCGGCUUCAAUGAAAUCGGUGGUUACAGCUGCGUGGUUCAUUAACAAUGCUUUUGGCAAUCUUAUUGUUGUGUUUAUAACAAAGUUGGAUAUUUUUGCUUCACAGAGCUACGAAUACUUUUUCUAUGCUGUUUUAAUGAUUGUGAGCAUAAUUAUUUUUGCCAUGCUAUCUUAUGAUUAUGUGCUGCAUCAGCAAGCUGGUGAUUUACUAGCGAACAUUAACUUACUACAGUCAAGGCGCCAUUUAAUGGAGGACGAUGAUGAACCUACAACCAGCGCUGGAAGCUCCAGCAGUCGUAGAAUUAGCAUUUAGUUUGCAUAAAAAAAUUCCAUAUUAAAAAUUCCAUUAAAUACCAUUAAAUCUAAA